AUGGAACACUGGAACUCCACCUUGAGAAGUGGAUUCAUCUUGGAAGGGAUUCUGGAUGGCAGUAGUUAUCCUGAACUGCUUUGUGCCACAGUUACAUUCCUAUACAUGCUGGCACUGACCAGCAAUGGACUGCUACUCCUGGUCAUCACAGUGGAUGUCCGGCUCCAUGUACCCAUGUACCUCCUACUGAGGCAGCUGUCUCUCAUUGAUCUCCUCUUCACAUCAGUUGUAACUCCCAAGGCUGUUGUGGAUUUUCUGCUCAGAGACAACACUAUAUCCUUUGAGGGAUGUGCCCUUCAAUUGUUUUCAGCAAUGACAUUGGGUGGUGCAGAGGACCUCCUUCUGGCCUUCAUGGCCUAUGACAGGUAUGUGGCCAUUUGUCAUCCUCUAAACUACAUGAUCUUCAUGAGUCCAAAGGCCUGCUGGAUAAUGAUGGCCACAUCGUGGAUCUUGGCAUCCCUUAGUGCACUAGGUCACACAGUGUACACAAUGCACUUCCCUUUCUGCAUGUCCCAGGAAAUCAGACACCUGCUCUGUGAGGUUCCUCCAUUGUUGAAGUUGGCUUGUGCAGACACAUCUCAAUAUGAGCUCAUGGUUUAUGUGACAGGAGUGAUAUUCCUAUUGCUCCCCCUCUCCGUCAUUGUUACCUCCUACGCACUAAUUCUGUUCACUGUGCUGCACAUGCCUUCAAAUGAGGGCAGGAAGAAAGCCCUUGUCACCUGCUCCUCCCACUUGACUGUGGUUGGGAUGUUCUAUGGGGGUGCCACGUUCAUGUAUGUGCUGCCCAGUUCCUUCCACAGUCCUAAGCAAGACAAUAUCAUCUCUGUGUUCUAUACAAUUGUUACACCAGCUCUGAACCCCCUCAUUUACAGCCUGAGAAAUAAGGAGGUUAUUGGUGCUUUUAGAAGGGUACUGGAGAGACAUAUUCUGCCAGCACGCUCCUCCCUUUAG